UCUUCAUUUGAAAUCAUAUUUGAUUCAGACAAUUUUUUGAGAGAGAAAAUGGAGUCCACUAAGACGGCAAUGGAAGCUUUCGAGAAGCUAGAGAAGGUUGGAGAAGGAACUUAUGGCAAAGUAUACAGAGCGAGAGACAGAGCCACAGGAAAAAUCGUUGCUCUUAAGAAAACCAGGCUUCACGAAGACGAUGAAGGAGUCCCCCCUACAACACUUCGAGAGAUCUCGAUAUUGAGAAUGCUCUCCCGUGAUCCUCAUGUCGUCAAGCUGAUGGAUGUGAAGCAAGGUGUGAACAAAACCGGAAACACAGUUCUCUACUUGGUAUUUGAGUAUAUGGAGACUGAUCUGAAGAAAUUCAUCAGAUCAUAUCGCCAAACUGGUGAAAACAUUCCACCCCAAGUUGUCAAGAGCUUGAUGUACCAGCUUUGCAAGGGUGUUGCUUUCUGUCACGCCCAUGGGGUUCUACACAGAGAUCUUAAACCCCACAAUCUUUUGAUGGACAAAAAGACAUUGAUGCUCAAAAUAGCAGAUCUUGGACUCGCCAGAGCCUUUACUCUACCAAUCAAGAAGUACACUCAUGAGAUUUUGACCCUUUGGUAUAGGGCUCCUGAAGUCCUUUUGGGUGCCACCCAUUAUUCAACAGCUGUUGACAUUUGGUCUGUUGGCUGCAUAUUUGCUGAACUAGUCAUGAAGACAGCCAUUUUUGCUGGAGAUUCUGAGCUUCAACAGUUGCUGCAUAUUUUCAGGUUGUUGGGUACUCCAAAUGAAGAAAUGUGGCCAGGAGUGAGCAAGCUUAAGGAUUGGCAUGAGUAUCCCCAAUGGAAACCGAAGAUGAUUUCAACAUCUGUGACUAAUCUUGAUGAAGUUGGGCUUGAUCUUCUUGCUAAAAUGUUUGAGUAUGAACCAUCGAAAAGGAUAUCAGCUAAGAAAGCAAUGGAGCAUCCAUAUUUUGAUGAUCUGGACAAGACUUAUCUUUGAAACUGCUACAUGUGAUGUGGUGAUGCUUGUCUCGAGCAAAAUUGACCUUGUGACCUUGACCUUAUUUUGUAUGCUAGAUUUAGUGAUUAUUGUGUGUUGGUGAUAGCACUUUCUAUAUGCUUCACAACAGUUUUAUUAACUUCUUACUUGUUGAAAUUUGGUGAUUUGUGUAAGUUGAAAUUUGGGGUUUAUUUUUAUAAAAAUGGA